AUGCAUCUCUUAACAUGUCUGGGCAUUGUGCUUAGUUUCUUGGAAGGAGUGAGCUCUUCGUGUCCUUCACAGUGCACCUGCGAUUAUCACAGUACAAACGAUGGCACGGGAUCAAGGUCUGUGCUAUGUAAUGACCUGGAUAUGAACGAGGUCCCUGUGAACUUGCCCGCGGACACUGUGAAGCUGCGCAUAGAGAAGACCGUCAUCCGCAGAAUCCCCGCCGAGGCCUUCUAUUACCUGGUGCAGCUCCAGUACCUCUGGGUGACUUACAAUUCUGUGGCCAGCCUUGAGGCCAGAAGCUUUUACAACCUGCGGCAACUGCAUGAGUUACGCUUGGAUGGGAAUUCUCUGGCUGCUUUCCCUUGGGCAUCUCUGCUGGACAUGCCCCAUCUAAGGACCCUGGAUUUGCACAAUAACAGAAUAACCCGUGUGCCAAAUGCAGCAGUCAGGUACCUGAAGAACCUCGCCUACUUGGAUUUAUCCAGCAACAAACUGACCACACUGCCUCCAGAAUUCCUGGAGAGCUGGUCCCACGUGCUUACAACAUCAUCCGGAAGCCUGGACCUUUCACCACGAAGAAUUAUUCUUGGUCUGCAGGACAACCCUUGGUUCUGUGACUGUCACAUUUCCAAAGUGAUCGAGAUGUCAAAAGUUGCUGACCCUGCCAUAGUGCUUCUGGAUCCGCUGAUGGUGUGUAGUGGGCCCGAGCGCCUGACAGGCAUUUUGUUUCAGCGCGCUGAGUUGGAUCAGUGUCUGAAACCAUCGGUGAUGACCUCGGCCACACAGAUCACGUCUACUCUGGGCAGUAAUGUCCUGCUGCGGUGCGAUGCCACUGGCUACCCCACCCCCCAGCUCACGUGGACGAGACCCAGCAGCUCGCCAGUUAAUUACACAGUAAUUCAGGAAUCUCCAGGAGAAGGAGUCAGAUGGUCCGUAAUAAGCUUGACAGGCAUUUCUUACAAGGAUGCUGGGGAUUACAAGUGUAAGGCCAAAAAUUUGGCUGGGAUGUCAGAAGCUGUGGUUACUGUGACAGUGGUUGGUGUUGUCACAGCCACCAUAUCAUCAGUCACUUCUGAAAGAAGAACUGGAGAUCACCCUGACCACAAGGUUCCACCAGAAUCUCGAUCUGCAUCUGUAACUGGUUCAUUGCCAUUUCCCUGGCUUUCUUCCUCCUUUUCUAUCUCCCCCACUUCUGCCACUUUUCUUUCCACUCCUGCUUUGUCUCCUCCCUCUGCUGCUUCCCUGUCCUUAUCUCCUUUCUUCUCCUCUAUCGUUUCUUCAACUACAACACUAAGCACUAGAAUGUCAACAAGCACCACUGUGGCCAGCCAGCAGUCACUCCAGUUCCACCCAGAUGGGAAAAGAAAUUUAAAGGUGGAGAUGGGUGGCCGUAAGCUUCCCUCAGCUAGUGCAAGUAAAAAAGAAGAGCUGGCAUUAUUGGAUCGAGCAAUGCCCAUGGAGACAAAUGCCACGAUAGAAAAUCUCAGAGCAGUCAGUGAGACCAAAGAGCGUGUGACUUUGAUGUGGAACAUUGUCAACACCACGCAUAGCUCUGAGGUGACCGUGUUAUAUUCCAAGUAUGGUGAGAAGAACCUGCUGCUGCUGAAUGCAGACUCCAGCAAGAGCCAAGUAAGCAUCAGUGGCUUGGAGCCUGGUAGGCAAUACAUAGCAUGUGUCUGUCCCAAAGGAGCACUUCCCCAGAAAGACGAAUGUAUCAUCUUUUCCACUGACAGAGUUGAAGAAGAAAGUGAUUCUCAAGGGUCAUUCCUUAUUGUGGUGAGCGGUACUGCCUGCGUUGUUGUCUUGCCAUUGAUUUUAUUCCUGUUGUACAAAGUUUGCAAACUUCAGUGUAAGUCACAAUCCUUCUGGGAAGAUGAUUUGGCAAAAGAGACUUAUAUCCAAUUUGAGACCCUGUCCCCCAGAUCUCAAAGUGUAGGGGAACUUUGGGCGCAAAGGCACAGAGAUGAUUCAGAAAAAUUGCUGCUUUGUUCUAGGUCGAGUGUGGAAUCUCAGAUGACUUUUAAAAGUGAGGGUUCUAGACCAGAGUAUUAUUGCUAA